CAUACAUACAACAAAACGCAGUGCAAUUAUGUUGAAUGUUUGGUAGGAAAUAACAGAAGGACAGGCCCAAGACGAUUGACAACUCACUUUUACCUAGUUUUUGUGGAAAAUAAUUCAAAAUUUUUGGAAUAUUACGAAUAAUUAGUGCAAAAUGGUGUUAUUUACGAUGAUUGCAAGAAUAGCAGAUGGUCUGCCACUGGCAGCUACCAUGCAGGAAGAUGAGCAGAGUGGAAAGAGCAUCCUUGAGUAUCAGAAUCAGGCAAAGAUGCUGUUUAGGAAGCUGGCUCCCCAGUCACCAGCCAGGUGCACUAUCGAAACAGGACCUUAUCUUUUUCACUACCUAAUAGAGAACGACGUGUGUUAUCUGGUUCUCUGUGAGAGAAACUGGAGCAAGCGGUUAGCUUACAGUUACCUCGAGGAUAUCGCCCAAGAAUUCCACACACAAUACGGAAAACGUGUUAACACCGUAACUCGUCCUUACACUUUUAUUGAGUUUGAUACAUACAUUCAGAAAGCGAAAAAAUCAUAUUCCGAUGGACGAUCGAGACGAAAUAUGAAUGCACUGAAUAGCCAACUACAGGACGUCCAAAGAAUUAUGGUUCAAAAUAUUGAUGAUGUGCUACAGAGGGGGACAGUUCUCUCAGAGCUGGACACCAAAACCCAAAACCUCUCGAUGCUGUCCCAAAAAUACAAAAAGAAUGCAACAUAUUUGAACAGCAAAUCAAUGUAUGUCAAAGCUGUAGCUGGAUUAAUAGCAUUCCUCGUCUUCCUCCUAUAUUUCUUUAUUCUCUAGUCUCAUGCAGCACUUGGGAGACUGAAUAUUUGGUAUGUUUAUACUAUUAAACAGAGAUAUUGGAGAUAAUUGUGCAGUGUGAUGAGUGGGUGAUGGAUGGUUCAUUAAUUUUGCGUUAGCAAGUCAUUCAUAGAAAUAUAUUCAUUGUAUUUAGAAUUGAAGAUGGUUUCGUGGGCAGUUAUAUAUAAGAAACGUUUUAAUGAUUAAUAAUAAAGGGUAUAUAAUUAUUGUGUA